UACAACACAGCCGGCGCCGUUCUCUCUUGCGGCUGCUCCCCUUCCACAACGCAACGCCGCCGCCGCCACAAGUCGCCUGCCGCCGGCUCGUUCCUCCAUCCUGCUCUGCCGCUUGCCGGAUCGACCCCAACUCCGGCCAGAUCUCUUCCCAGCGGCACGAUCUUCCUCAUCCUCGCGCCGCUCUAGGAGGUGGCCCCUUUUCCCCAACAGCAGGGAGCUCCCGCUGGCAGCCUGUCUUCCCUGAAGUGCCUGGUGUCGCUGAGCUGCACGAGGUAGCUGGCCGAGCUCGCGGCGCCAUGCAACCCUCUCUCCCUCCCAACCUCUCUUCCUCGCACGGAUGGAGGACCAGAGGAGGCGACGGGGAAACAGCAGCCGGCCAACGGCUACUCCUCGCGCGGAUGGGGAAGAGGGGAGGGGGAGGCGGAGGCUCGGCGGCAGCAGCUUCUCCCGGCGGCGCGGGCGAACGCGUUUGCGCAGGCAAGCAGAUAAGACAUGGGUCAAGCACUUGGUUUGAUUCAAGUGGAUCAAUCGACAGUAGCCAUCAAGGAAUCUUUUGGAAAGUUUGAUGAGAUCCUAGGGCCUGGGUGCCACUUCUUGCCAUGGUGCAUAGGGAAGCAAAUUGCUGGGUACCUUUCACUGCGUGUUCAGCAGCUUGAUGUCCGCUGCGAAACGAAGACAAAGGAUAAUGUCUUCGUCAAUGUUGUGGCAUCUGUGCAAUACCGUGCCCUUGCGGACAAGGCGUCUGAUGCCUUUUACAGGCUUACUAACACCAGGGAGCAGAUCCAGUCAUAUGUCUUUGAUGUCAUCAGGGCUAGUGUUCCUAAGAUGAACUUGGAUGAUGCAUUUGAGCAGAAGAAUGAAAUUGCUAAAGCUGUGGAAGAUGAACUUGAAAAGGCAAUGUCAAUGUAUGGAUAUGAGAUUGUGCAGACUCUGAUUGUUGAUAUUGAGCCUGAUGAGCAUGUGAAGAGAGCCAUGAACGAGAUCAAUGCAGCUGCUAGGCUGAGGGUGGCUGCCAAUGAGAAAGCUGAAGCGGAGAAGAUCCUGCAGAUCAAGAGAGCUGAAGGUGAUGCAGAAUCCAAGUACUUGGCCGGUCUGGGUAUUGCAAGGCAGCGCCAGGCUAUAGUGGAUGGGCUGAGAGACAGCGUUCUCGCCUUCUCUGAGAAUGUCCCUGGGACCUCCGCCAAGGAUGUCAUGGACAUGGUUCUGGUGACCCAGUAUUUUGACACCAUGAAGGAGAUUGGGGCAUCUUCCAAGUCAUCUUCGGUCUUCAUCCCUCAUGGACCUGGCGCCGUGAAGGACAUCGCUGCACAGAUAAGGGACGGACAGCUCCAGGCAAGCAUGCUGUGAGAGAGCGCUGGGAAAAAAUGCAUGCUUUGAAUAUUCCCAUCAGUAAAGAAGUCCAAGAGCCAGUACAAUAUCUAGUUAUUUGAGUAGAAGUUAGGCAUAUGGUAGCAAUGUGAGUAAGUACAGCUUGUUCAUUCUAUGCGUCACGUAUGUUUAUUAUCUAGAUGUAUGCUAUGUAGGAUUGCAUGGAUUGUGCCUGGAAAUGAUAAAGACCUAUUUGUUACUGUAAAAAUUCGUCAUUGCAUCGUACUGUUUGGAACUACCUACCUCUUAAGUUUUCGAGCC